UCUAUGUGUUUGUAACCCUUUAUCUCUGGAAUCACAUUACAAAAACAAAAAACAAAAAACAAACAAACAAAAAAAAACAACUGGAAGCUCAGGCUGAGAAUAACAAGGCUGAGUAAAAUUGAAGAGAACUGAUUCUCCAUCAUCACUUACUAACAGCUCUUUCUCAAAAGGAUUGGCAUGUUUUCCCUGUAAGAACUUGAAAAUGAGAACGGAUCCCAUGUAUUUUUAGGCAUAUCCUUUUAGAAGACUGACAUCUGUUAUAGAGGAGUUUUUCACUAUGCGGGUGGUAGGUCUUUAUAAGCUAUUGACCUAACUGGUCAAUAGUUGUAACUAAAGGAGAAAAAAAAAACCCAACAGAACCCAACCGCCAAAAUAAGCCAAUAAAAGAACUUGGUUUGAAAUUCUUCAGUACUUUUAGAGUGAAAUACUUCAUCGAAAAAUUAUGUAUGCAGCAGUGGAACAUGGGCCUGUGCUUUGCAGCGAUUCCAACAUCCUCUGCCUGUCCUGGAAGGGGCGUGUCCCCAAGAGUGAGAAGGAGAAGCCUGUGUGCAGAAGGCGCUACUAUGAAGAAGGAUGGUUGGCCACAGGCAAUGGGCGAGGUGUGGUGGGGGUGACUUUCACCUCAAGUCACUGUCGCAGAGAUAGGAGUACGCCACAGAGAAUAAACUUCAACCUGCGAGGCCACAACAGUGAGGUUGUACUGGUGAGGUGGAAUGAGCCAUACCAGAAGCUGGCCACAUGUGAUGCAGAUGGAGGAAUCUUUGUGUGGAUUCAAUAUGAAGGCAGGUGGUCUGUGGAACUGGUCAAUGACCGUGGGGCUCAGGUGAGUGAUUUCACCUGGAGCCACGAUGGGACUCAGGCUCUCAUUUCAUAUCGAGAUGGCUUUGUCCUGGUUGGUUCCGUCAGCGGACAAAGACACUGGUCAUCUGAAAUCAACUUGGAGAGCCAGAUCACAUGUGGCAUAUGGACUCCCGAUGACCAGCAGGUGUUGUUUGGCACAGCAGAUGGGCAGGUGAUUGUCAUGGACUGCCACGGCAGAAUGCUAGCCCAUGUCCUCCUACAUGAGUCUGAUGGCAUCCUCAGCAUGUCCUGGAAUUACCCCAUCUUCCUGGUGGAGGACAGCAGUGAGAGUGACACGGACUCAGACGAUUAUUCUCCUCCCCAAGAUGGUCCUGCGGCAUACCCCAUCCCUGUGCAGAACAUCAAGCCUCUGCUCACCGUCAGCUUCACCUCAGGAGACAUCAGCUUAAUGAACAACUAUGAUGACUUGUCUCCCACUGUCAUCCGUUCAGGACUGAAAGAGGUGGUGGCCCAGUGGUGUACACAGGGAGACUUACUGGCAGUUGCUGGGAUGGAGCAGCAGGCCCAGCUCAGUGAGCUGCCCAAUGGUCCUCUUCUGAGGAGUGCCAUGGUCAAGUUCUACAAUGUGAGAGGGGAACACAUUUUCACUCUGGAUACACUUGUGCAGCGCCCCAUCAUCUCCAUCUGUUGGGGUCAUCGGGACUCCCGGCUGCUUAUGGCCUCAGGACCAGCCCUGUAUGUGGUUCGUGUAGAACACCGAGUGUCCAGCCUCCAGCUGUUGUGCCAGCAGGCCAUCGCCAGCACCCUUCGAGAAGACAAGGAUGUUAACAAGCUGACCUUGCCCCCUCGUCUCUGUUCCUACCUCUCCACUGCCUUCAUUCCCACUAUUAAGCCCCCGAUUCCAGACCCCAACAACAUGCGCGACUUUGUCAGCUACCCCUCAGCGGGCAAUGAACGGCUGCACUGCACCAUGAAGCGUACAGAGGAUGACCCAGAGGUUGGAGGACCCUGCUACACACUCUACCUGGAGUAUCUGGGAGGACUCGUGCCCAUUCUCAAGGGGAGGCGCAUCAGCAAGCUGCGGCCAGAGUUUGUCAUUAUGGACCCUCGGACAGACAGCAAGUCAGAUGAGAUCUAUGGGAACAGCUUAAUUUCUACCGUGAUUGACAGCUGCAACUGCUCAGACUCCAGUGAUAUUGAACUGAGUGAUGAUUGGGCUGCCAAGAAGUCUCCCAAAAUUUCCAGAGCUAGCAAGUCCCCCAAACUCCCAAGGAUUAGCAUUGAGGCCCGAAAGUCACCCAAGCUGCCACGGGCUGCCCAAGAGAUGUCUCGGUCUCCCCGAUUGCCCAUGCGUAAGCCCUCCAUGGGCUCACCCAGCCUGACCCGGAGAGAGUUUCCUUUUGAAGACGUCACUCAGCACAACUAUCUUGCUCAGGUCACAUCCAAUAUCUGGGGAACCAAGUUUAAGAUUGUGGGCUUGGCUGCAUUCCUACCAACCAACCUCGGUGCAGUCAUCUAUAAAACCAGCCUGCUGCACCUCCAGCCUCGCCAGAUGACCAUUUACCUCCCGGAAGUUAGGAAGAUCUCCAUGGACUAUAUUAAUCUGCCGGUCUUCAACCCAAACGUUUUCAGUGAAGAUGAAGAUGACUUACCAGUUACAGGAGCCUCGGGUGUCCCUGAAAACAACCCACCUUGUACAGUGAACAUCCCUAUCGCACCGAUCCACAGCUCUGCUCAAGCUUUGUCUCCCACACAGAGCAUAGGGCUGGUGCAGUCUCUGCUGGCCAAUCAAAAUGUGCAGUUGGAUGUCUUGACCAAUCAGACAACAGCUGUAGGGUCAGUAGAGCAUGCAGGUGAUGCUGCUACCCAGUACCCAGUCUCCAGUCGGUACUCCAAUCCUGGACAGGUCAUCUUUGGAGGUGUAGAAAUGGGCCGUAUCAUUCAGAAUCCUCCUCAGUUGCCUUUGCCGCCACCGCCACCGCCACCGGGGCCUAUGCAGCUGUCUGCGGUGGACCAUGGAGAUCGGGACCAUGAGCACCUGCAGAAGCCAGCCAAGGCCCUGCGGCCCGUGCCUCAGCUGGCUGCCGAGGGGGAUGCGGUGGUUUUCAGUGCCCCGCAGGAGGUCCAGGUGGCAAAGAUGAAUCCCCCACCCCCGUACCCAGGAACUAUCCCUGCUGCCCCUACCACGGCUGCACCCCCACCCCCUCUGCCACCACCACAGCCCCCAGUGGAUGUGUGUUUGAAGAAGGGUGACUUCUCCCUGUACCCUACAGCAGCACAUUACCAGCCUCCUCUAGGCUAUGAGAGGAUCACCACCUUCGACAGCAGCGGCAAUGUGGAAGAGGUGUGCCGGCCCCGCACUCGGAUGCUCUGUUCCCAGAACACCUAUACUCUUCCUGGCCCAGGCACUUCUGCCACCUUGAGACUCACAGCCACUGAGAAGAAGGUCCCCCAACCCUGCACCAGUGCCACUCUGAACCGACUAACUGUCCCUCGAUACUCCAUCCCCACAGGGGACCCACCUCCAUACCCUGAAAUCGCUAGCCAGCUGGCCCAGGGGCGGAGUGCUACUCAAAGGUUGGACAACAGUCUUAUCCAUGCCACCCUACGAAGGAACAACCGAGAAGUUGCACUUAAGAUGGCCCAGCUGGCUGACAGCUCCCGUGCCCCACUGCAGCCCCCAGCCAAGCCUAAGGGGGGUGCUGGUGGGGCAGUGGCACAGCUCCCAGCAAGGCCCCCACCUGCCCUGUACACCUGCAGCCAGUGCAGUGGAGCAGGGCCCAGCUCACAGUCCGGGGCAGCCCUGGCCCAUGCUAUGAGCACCUCCCCACUGGCCUCCCAGUCCUCCUACAAUCUUCUAAGCCCUCCUGACACCUCCCGUGAUCGCACUGACUAUGUCAACUCGGCCUUCACGGAGGACGAGACCCUGUCUCAGCACUGUCAGCUGGAGAAGCCUCUGAGGCAUCCCCCACUUCCUGAAGCUGCUGUCACCAUGAAGCGGCCUCCCCCUUACCAGUGGGACCCUGUGCUGGGUGAGGACGUUUGGGUUCCCCAGGAAAGGACAGCACAACCUACAGUGCCCAACCCCUUAAAACUGUCCCCUCUAAUGCUAGGGCAAGGCCAGCACCUGGAUGUCGCUCGAGUGCCCUUUGUGUCUCCCAAGUCUCCGUCCAGCCCUACUGCCACCUUCCAGACAGGCUAUGGGAUGGGAGUGCCGUAUCCAGGCAGCUAUAAUAACCCCUCCUUGCCUGGAGUACAAGCCCCAUGCUCCCCUAAGGAUGCCCUGUCCCCGGCCCAGUUUGCACAACAGGAGUCUGCUGUCGGACUUCAGCCAGCCUACCCACCCAGCCUUUCCUAUUGCACCUUGCCCCCCACAUAUCCAGGAAGCAGCACAUGCUCCAGUUUACAGCUGCCACCCAUCGCCUUGCACCCUUGGAAUCCCUACGGAACCUGCCCACCCAUGCAGAAUACCCAGGGCACACUCCCCUCCAAGCCCCACUUAGUGGUGGAGAAGCCUCUUGUGUCCCCUCCACCUGCCGAGCUCCAAAGCCACAUGGGCACAGAGGUGAUGGUAGAGACAGCAGACAAUUUCCAAGAAGUCCUCUCUCUGACAGAAAGCCCUGUUCCCCAGAGAACAGAAAAAUUUGGAAAGAAGAACCGGAAGCGCCUGGAUAGCCGAGCGGAGGAAGGAAGUGUUCAGGCCAUCACUGAGGGCAAAGUAAAAAAGGAUGCUAGGACUUUGAGUGACUUUAAUUCUCUUAUCUCCAGCCCCCGCCUAGGGAGAGAGAAGAAGAAAGUGAAAAGUCAGAAAGACCAACUGAAGUCAAAGAAGUUGAACAAGACAAACGAGUUCCAGGACAGCUCAGAGAGUGAGCCCGAGCUGUUCAUCAGUGGGGAUGAGCUGAUGAACCAAAGCCAGGGCAGCAAGAAGGGGUGGAAAAGCAAGAGGAGCCUGCGGACGGCCAGUGAGCUGGAGGAAUUCAAGUGCCGAAAAGCCAGUGAGAAGGAAGAUGGGCGCCUGGGCAGCCAGGGCUUUGUGUAUGUGAUGGCCAACAAGCAGCCUCUGUGGAAUGAAGCCACACAGGUGUACCAGCUGGACUUUGGAGGAAGGGUGACCCAGGAGUCUGCCAAGAACUUCCAGAUUGAGUUGGAGGGACGACAGGUGAUGCAGUUUGGACGGAUUGAUGGUAAUGCGUACAUCCUGGACUUCCAGUACCCUUUCUCAGCUGUGCAGGCUUUUGCUGUGGCCUUGGCCAACGUGACUCAGCGCCUAAAAUGAAGAGACAAAUGCGGGUGGAGACAUGGCGGGAGCCUUUGGAGGCAGAGCUCAUGCUGCUACUACCUGAGAAGACCAGAGACAACGGCAGUAGAGGAAGCCGGCAGGCCAGAAGAUCUGUAGGCAUGGUCGUUUGUUCAGUUAGCCUUUAUUGUCUCUUUUCUUUUGAUAGAGUGGUGUUUGGAAGCCAAGAAUUUGAGGUAUCUUGUGUUCUUGAAGGCAGUGUAGCUUGGCUACAGAGUGUUGUACUGAAUUUACUUCUCAUGACUAGGGUUAGGGGCCUUUGCAGAGAAGACAGAUUGUUCAACCUUGCUCUUCUUUUAGCUAUAGGGAGUGUUAGUGUUAGGGCUUCUGUUACCCUUCCAAUAUUAUCACACGUGAAAAAAAAGGUUUUAAACACAACCAAAACUCUGGAAGAUUCAGCUUGUAUUGGGCUGAGGAGGACAGCAUUUCAUUCACAAAUGUGUGCUGCUCACUAAAAGGUACCUGGGUGACUGAGGGACACAUAUGCAACUGCCUUGUGCUCUGCUCAUAUAAGGCAGUAUCGAUGUGAUUUGGUAGUCAGUGUGUGAGGAAGAUACUGCCCAUGGAGACAGGCUCCCAUGCAGACAACUGGCUGAGCUGCGGGUGUGACUUAUGUAAGGACCAUUUCCCAAGGAUACUAGUUGGAAACCCCACCGGUUUCUUGUGUCAGGGUUAAGCCCAUCUGACUUUGGAAAAAGAUAAGAGACUUCAGUCAGUAGGCAGGUCCAGGCUGGGGUAGAGCUGGGCUUACGUCACAGUCAUUAGACUGUGCAGUUACCAGGUCCCUCCCUCCACGGCUCAGGAAACAGCCUCUGUUCUCCUUCCUUCCUUGUUUUCAUCUGGAACGUUUACUGUAGCCGCCACUCUCUUUAGAUCCUACUGCUCUGUCUUUUCUAAAACAUAAACGAGACUUGGUUGCAGCUACACCUUUCCUUGUCCACAUUAAAAUCCAGUUGAUGCGAACGUUUUCCAACAAUUAUAGUGUAAUCAAAAAAAGUAUGCAUUUCCCAGGAUAUUAAAAGAUAGGGUCAUGGUAAAAUCUUUGGGGAAAACUCCACAAUAUGCUGUAAAGGAAAAAAAAACUGUUGUUGGGUGUGUAGGCUGUACUAAAAGAUGAACCACGGGAAAGCCGUGUUAAAACUGUGCUUUGUUCAUUCUGCCUGUAGCAUCUUUGCGAAAUUUCUUCUCAUGGGAACACACGGGGGCACAUACCUAGACCUUGUAGUACGACCCAGUUCUUGUUGCUGCUGCUAUUACCUGUGAUGCUUGUUCCCAGAGCACAAGAGCGUUGACUUUUGAGUUGGAUUUUAUUUGAAAUCUGACAAGUGGAAGAUGCUACAGGAAAUUAUUUUCAGCUUAAACAUUGUUUUGGUUUCCUCCUCCUCUUCCUCUUCCUCUUCUUCCCCGUCUUUCUCUUUCUCCUCUUCUUCCUCCUCUUCCUUAUGUUUGGUUUAAGAAUUAGAAAAGAAACUGUCUGAUUCCUUUAGCUGAGCAAAAUUAAAUUACUCAUUUUUUCUAAAUUCCAAAGAAAUAUGGACAAGAAUAUCUCCCAGCUGAUACUGGAGUUUUCCAUUUUAUAAUUUAAAAUAUGGGAGCUGAUUCUUAGGUGGGUCAGUUGUCCCAGACCAAGUUGAACAGUAUAUUCAGAGUUACUGUGUUUACGUAAGUUCCUAUAGCUUGAUAAGAUGUCUCAGUGCUUAUCUUAGUUGUGCAAUACUGUUGUAGCCUGUUUAUGGAAUAAUUUAAAUGCAGUUUUCUUUGUUUUGUGGUCUAAGAGAUAGUUAUUUAUCUUGCUCUUUAUAGUAUUCUUGAGAACUAUUUUGUUGCUAUGUAUUGGUGAUAUGUGCCCAUUUUAUUAUUUAUUUAGAAAAAUAGUACCUUUGUAAUGACUUAUUUGGUGGCAAUAGAUUUUGCUGCAAAAAAUAAAGAGAAUAUGACAGAAGAUUUUUGGGGGGCUGGGUGAUUUGUAACUUUCUUGAGAGUUGGGAGAAAAUCUUAUUAAUCCCUUAAAAAAAUAAAUUCAUUCUUUAUCUCAGUAUUGAUUAUAUGCAAAAUAGGCUAUUUCUUUGAGAAAGUAUACCCUAAGAUAAUAUUUCUUAUUUUGAAAACGUUAAUUAAAAACAAAAUGUGAUAGGACACAAGGAAGGGAGAGACGCCUGAGAUGAGAGUCUCAAAAGAGGCCCUUAGGGAAUUAUCUUCAAGUUCAAGGGAGAGACUCUGAGAGUCUCAAAGGAGGCCCUUAGGGAAUAAUCUUCAAGGUCGAGAUUUGGUUUUGUUUGUUUUUUUAGUUAAACUGGCCUUUUCAGAAAUGCAAAAGUUAUACUCACAACUUUGCUAAAUAAAAACAGAUAUGGAGGAAAUCCCCAAAAGAUACUUUCUGCUAUGGAGAUGUAGGCUUGUGGCCUUGAACAGUGCUUGACCUGGGAGCUGCAGGAGCGCCUGCCCCUCACUGCCUCUCCUUGCCCAGGCAGAGAGUGAGUCUCAGCUUCCACGUGGGCAGUAGGCUGCUGGCUGCAGCAGUUGUGAUUGGCUCAUUUAAGGUAAUGGCUUCUUCCAGUCAACAUCUCUUGAUUACAUUCUCCCCAAAUUAAGUCUAAGUAACAGAAUUCUAGGUACUUUGUGGUUAUUGAUAGCAAUUUUGUGAAUGUCCCAAUGUCCCAUUGGAUCCCUAAAUUAAAAACAGUCAACUACAUAAAGUCCUGUAGGAAAAAGAGUAUGUGAACCAACAUGAAAACUAGUGCUACGUUUACUUGGCUCUAGCGUCAUUAGAACACCAGCUGUGGGUGAAUAGACACUACCCAUUUGAGUGUGUAGCCCGAGGAAAACUGGGACCACCACAGCUAGACGUAUUCAGCUCUAAUGGGCAUACAAAGCAAAAGCUUUUGCAUUUUGGUACUUUUCAUCCACAGACCUGCACCCUGUGUAAUGUUCAUUCUGUAAUCAAAGGUCAGGGGCUCAAGGUCAAAUUGUCCUGCCACAAGGACAGAGAGUGACUUUGGGCAAGGCCCUGGGGUGUCUGGCCUCCUUUUGUCCAUCCCUUAGAUGAAAAGGCAUGCCUAGACAAGUGUAAACACUACAUUCUUGCUCCAGGAGCCCGGGAGCUCAAAAUUGAGCAGCUCAUCUUCCCCUUCACAAGGGUGAGAGUAUGUUUCAAAACGUGGUUAUCUGUGUAGAAAAAAGUUCUCAUGAGUCUAUAAGCUGUCUACUGUCUCCGGAACAGAAACCAGCCAGCAGGUUUACCCCUAAAUGUAUUUAGAAUAAUAUUUAUUCUACUAAAAAUUAUAGAAGCAUCAAUCUAAGUACAAUGGAAGUCCUCUAUGAGUAUGUUCUACUCAGUGGACGUCCUCAAGUAAAAUAAGGUAUUAUUUGGGUAUAAAACUGGAAGUGGGUUCAGAAAGAAGAGUGCUGGUAACGGUUUCCCACCUUUGGUGUGCUCAUGUGUGAUAGUGCUACACUAAAGGGAACCCAUGCUGUCCUGUGGGGCCAUGGACAGGUUGACAACACUAGCUGGCUUUGAACUGGCAUUUGAGUUCCUGGGAGCUUAUGGUAGCAUACAGUUCAGAAGUCUACACCACUGUGAUCUCCUUAUCGUCAGCUGAUAAACUUUGGAGGAUUGUGACUUACUUUGUUUCCAUUUUCUUCAGCUUUGUGCAAUUCUCUUGUGACUUUGUAUCUGUAUUUUCUGUUUAUAAGUCAAUUUUAAGGGAAAGGGUAGGAUUUUAAAAUCUUGUUUAUUGUAGAUAAUUUUUUUCUUGUGUUGUAGAAAAGCAUGGGUUAUACAUUUGAGUGGAAAAGGCACUGUAUUAUUUACCAAAGGUGUAUUGUUUGCAUUUGUUUAUAAAUGCAUUAUUUUAGUACUAUGAAGUUGGACAUAAUUUCCGAGUUUACUACUAUUGCUACUGCUGGCAUCUGUCUUUCUCCUUCUCUGUCAUGUUUUUAUCGCCAUAAAUGUGCAGUGUGGGGUACAUAGGUCACAGACCAGACAAGACCACCAGCAUGUUCUUGCCCACACUUGGGGAACAGCGUGCACUGUUUUAUACACGUCGGUUCCUCCAACGUUUGUUUUUUAACAUUUUUUAUUUCAUUUUAAAAUUCAGCAUUUUGCUUUAACCUUCCAGACAAGAUCUGUUGAGAGUCACCAUUGCAUCUCAAUGAGCUCUCCCUUAUUUGCCUAUCUUUGUAUGUAUUUUGUAUACUAGAUUGUCCAGAAAGUAUUCUAGAAGGAAAUAAUGGUUUGCAUUCAGAAUGAUGUAGUUUGUCCAAAUUAUUUUGCCUUUAAAAUUGAAAUGAGUCAAUCUCAUUUUUUUCUUGAUGAUUUGAAAUUGUAAGAUUUGUCCAGCUAUUGCUUAAUAAAAUUUUGCAGAUCAAAAAAGAUCGAU